CAAACUUCAUUGCGAUUUAUCGAAUUGGCGAAAUAUUCAAACACGAAAACAAGUAAGUCAAGUGUUUUAUUUGAAACAUUUUCAAAUCAUGGCUUCCCCAAAUUCCUUAUACGAGAGUGCCUACAACGGAGAUUUCGAUUUAAUUAAGACACAAGUAGAUGACAAUAAGUCUCUUAUUAAACAGAACGACGAGAAUGGAAGAAGCUUAUUGCACUGGGCUGCAAUUAGUGGUAAUUUAAAAUUGGUGACCUAUCUAACUGAGAUGGGCUCAGAAAUUGAUGCCUGUGAAGACACAGAUGCAACCCCUUUAGUAUUGGCCUCUUCAGCAGGAAGAUUCGAGGUCUGCACUUUUUUAAUAAAACAGAAGGCUGAUGUGAAUCACAGGACAAGCCAAGGUCAUUCAGCACUGCAAUAUGCUGCAUCUAAGAAUUGGCUGAAUAUUUGCAUAUUGCUCAUAGAAAAUAACGCAGAUGUGAACAUUGUUGAUAUUAGAGGAGCAACUGCGCUGCACAGGGCUGCUUCUAAAGGAAAUUUGGAUGUUGUCAAGUAUCUGUUGUCUAUUGACAAUAUUAAUUUGAAUUGCAAGGAUUCCUAUGGGAAUACCCCAUUGCAUUUAGCAUGUGAAGAGGACAGACAGGAAGAAGCAAAGUUGUUGGUGCAACGUGGAGCUAGAACAGACAUGCAAAAUAGGGAUAAAAGUACAGCUUUGGAUUUGUGUUCCAUUGGCUUGCGUAGGGCUUUGACCACAAACAAUUGAUUACAUUGUAUUAACUGGAUCACAUUUUAAACUAAACAGUUGUAAUCAACUUUAAAUAUUACUAUUAAAUUAUUAUAAUAUUAA